AUGGCUCCUUCUCCGCCGCGUCUGCGGAUUCUUUCUGGUGAGCAUGCCCGCCAACCUCAUCUCUAUGAACACUCGUCACCCGGCCUCUCUCCCUUCCUUUGCUUCACCCUGGCACACUACGACAUGAAUCGCGAGCUAAGACGUUGUUGUAUAGUGGGCGGUAAUGCAGUUUCGGCAUUUCUAUCUUGGAGACUACAGGCCACAAACGCCUGCGACGUGACACUGGUCUGGAAAGCCAACUACCAGGCAGUCGCACAAUAUGGUGUAUCUUUCAAGUCACAGCUGUUCGGCAAUGAACGCUUCAAGCCGCGUUAUGUCGUUCAGAGCCCCGAAGAAGCAGCGAACCAGCAAGCGGCCUUUGAUUACGUUUUACUAUGCGUGAAAGCGCUGCCCGAUGUUUACAACCUCGCAGACAUAAUUCAGUCCGUCGUCACACCUCAACAUACCUGCAUCCUCGUGAACACGACAAACACACUCGGCGUCGAAAAACAACUGGAGGAAAGGUUCCCCACGAAUGUCGUCCUUUCACUUGUCUCUGGCGCAGAUCUGACACAGCUCGGAUCCAGCGAAUUUGAACAUACCGGGUCUACAGAAAUAUGGGUGGGACCUGCCAGCAAAAAUUCUGCCAUUCCUGAGUCGAUUCAAAGAGACAUGUCCGAAGCCUUGGCCAUGACUUUGACCACGGCACAGGUAGACUGCAAAGUAUCUGACAACAUCAAGCAGCAACAGUACGAUAGAAUGAUUGGGCCCAUUGCUUUUCACCCCAUCAGUGUCCUAUUUGAAACCCCCAUCCUCUCCGAUCUGAUACGACUCCCUGGCGUACACGAUAUGAUCUCAAAGGUGAUUGAAGAGCUGCUUGAUCUGGCACGUGCACAGGAAUGCAAAUUCCCCUCCGACUUCACAGAGAAUAUCAUCUCGUCGAUGAUUACCGCAACACAGGAUCCCAGCACAAUGUACCAAGAUUUUACUUCUCGACGUCCCAUGGAGGUGGAAACAUAUCUCGGAACACCCGUACAGUUAGCCAAAUCAGUUAAUAUUCCAGUGCCUCGAAUCGAAACCUUGUAUACUAUGUUACGCCAUGUCAAUAUGGUCAACAAGGAUCGACCACAAGCUGCAGCUCAAUCUGCUAUUCCUCCAUCACCAUCCGUUGUGCAGCCACCUCCCCGAAAUAUGUCUUUGUCCAACGGCGGUCCACCUCGUCAACAAAAUGGGUCGAUCAGUGGACCACCUGGACCACCUCGACCUAUGCGUGGGCCCAACAUGGGUCCCCCCAUGGGCCCCCCAAUGGGCCCUCCUGGAAGACGAGGGCCUCCUCCGGUGAAUGGAUUCCGCGGACCUCCCAACAGCUACCCCCCUCGAGGACCGAGUCAGAUGCAGAGGCGCCCAUCAUACGAUGACACAAAUCUUGAUGAGUUCAGUCAUGUGGUCCUCUAUGAUGAACUAGGCGAUGGUGCCGAUCCAGCCAGUUUCGGUGACAAUGGGGGUCCUCAGGGCCCAUCUAUGCGGGAAAGGGAAUUGAUGCUGCGAGAAAGGGAACUGCAACUGAAGCAGCAAGAGAUGGCGAUGAGAUCUCGUGGCAAUGUCAGAAGGCCGUCAAACAACCGCCACCAGGAUUUUGACGACGACGAUGACGAUGACGAUUACUUUGAUCCUAUGACUGCGCGCGGACCACCUCCACCAUCGAUUGAUCCUGACAAUUUUGACAUGAUGAGUGUUACUUCCCGACGGACCAAAAGGACGAACAGUCAAAAUCAACUGCGUAAGGACGCCUUUUCAAAUGGACCAGCCAUGCGACAACAAGGCGGCUAUCCUCGCCCAGGCAUGAAUAGGCAACACCGAACAAGUACGCAAAUAUUAUCGGAUAUGCCGAUUUUGGGGGCCAAUAUCUUGGACAACCCUAUGAUGGGCUUCUCAUCGAAUCGAUAUGGAAACGUGGACCGAAAAGAGAUGGCAGAUGAGUCUCGAGCAAAUUCAUUGACAGCAAGUCGCCUACAAGAGAUGGGUAUCAAUGGUGGACCUUAUCCAGGCCCUCCCAGUCGUCGAACCAGUCGUUCGCCUGGAAAUCCAUUCGGGCCUGCCGGUAGGAUGCCUGGUCGGCCAUCUCCUCCGAAUGAUCCAUAUGCUCAGCAAGGGCCUCCACGCAAUGGUAGGCCCUCACCACCCGGUGGCAUGCCAGCUCCAGUUCCACGAUACCCUCCAGGUCAGGGCAACAUGAUACAUCCACAUCAGGUAGAACAGGCCGGGGUGAGCAAACCACUCCCACCACCCAAAGCUCCUGUAAAAAGUCUGACUGGAAGUGCAAGUGCUAGCGCGGGUAGCGCUGACAGUAGUGGAAGCGCACACAUCGAGUCGGAACCAUCUGCACAUAGCAGCACCAGCAGUUUCGCACCCCGCCACAUGCUGGCAACGCAUUAG